AGAAAAAUGCACAGAAGUCUUAUCUAACAUUAAGGCGGUAGCCAGUGUGAACGUAGUCAUAGUAUUAACAGCUGCUACUAUCGCGCCAGAGAUAAUGAAGGAGAGCUGUAAAAACUACCGGAUAGAAUAUUUUGACAUUCAACAGCGAUGGAGGUUAGAAUACAGAUGAAUAUUCGCGAAUCUUCAGCUAGUUAGAACACCUGUUUCCCGAGGAAUAUAAUCGCAUGCGUUUUCCAUUUCAAUCAUAGCUGUCAAAUAUUAAUAGAUUUUGGCCUUUUGAGCAUGUAGAUUCCAACAGAACACUCCUAUUGUGAUAUACAUAUGCCUCUAAAUUGUAAAGCGUACAAUUUUGUGUACUUUACUACAAAUACAUCCAGUGAGAGCAUCAAUGUAAUAGUUAAGAACUUCUUGAACUUAGUUAUCUUUGCAGUUUUUGUAUUUAUAUUAGUUAUUUGGAGCACCAAUGAAAAAUUUAGGAACUUCUGGAAUUUAAUUGACUUUUGAGCAUUUGUAACUACAUAUCGAUUCCGUGAUUUCCGUGAGCAUCAAUGCAAUAUUUAAGAACUUCUUGAACUUAAUUAACUUUGCAGUUUUUGUACUCAUUUUAGUGGUUUGGAGCAUCAAUGAAAAAUUUAAGAACUUCUGGAAUUGAAUUGACUUUUGAGCAUUUGUAACUACUUAUCAAUUUCGUGAUUUGGAGCAUCAAUGCAAUAUUUAAGAACUUCCAAAACUGAAUUGACUUUCGAAUAUUUGUAACUAAUUUGGCAUUGUGGAACGGAAUAUAUCAGUAUGGGUCUCAUCAAUUGGUUUCAAGACUGUUGGAUAUUAAUGAUGCGUACAAAACCUCAGUACUUGUCUGUACUUGGUCGAAAGCGUAGCAGUAUACGCUCUCCAAGCAAAACAAAUAUCGGCAAUGAAACCGAUGGUGGAAUGAGUAUGAGUUUAACUAUUUGUUUGAUAGUUAUGUGCUGUAGUCUUUCAUUUGGAGUUGUUUUACUUUUGAUAGAAGAUGUUGUUCUAAAUGCUUCAACGCUGCUAAUUCCAUUAAUAAUUGCGUCAAUCUGUGCUGUAACCGGAGGUCUAUGCUUGGCCGAAUAUAUUUCCCAACAGUCUCAAGAUGUGCCGUCUAUCUACAGCUGCUGUUAUCAAUAUUCGAGUGAAGUCCUGGCUUUCUUUAUUGGUUGGUCAUGGCUCUUUUCCCAGUCAGCGAUGGUGGCUACAUUUUGCAAAAUUUUAGUACUUUUUGUCAAUCACUGGACUGACAAUGCACUCUUAAAGACACUAGAAAAAACUUUCUCAGUCUAUGCGGAUGCUAUUCCGUGCAUUAUCUUCAUAUUGGCUGUUUCCAUUUUCAUUUUCACAGGGUUUGGAGAGACUGCAGUAUGGUAUAUUGUGUUCAUACCCAUAGGCUUUCUUCUGCUUGUGAUAGCUAUAGCACUUUCUCACUUAGCGAACAAAGAUGCAUUUUCUUAUGGUGGUAGCUGGUUACAAAUCAAGAGUAUUGAUAUGGUGCUCACUGGCUCGUGCAUAUGUUUGUUGUUUUUCAUUGGUCCUCAAAGCAUAUUAAGGGUGUCACAGAAGCAAGUUAAACAGAAAGUCACCGUAACGCUAGGAUUGCUGAAUUUCAUCACUUUCUUCAUUCUCCUUGUUCUACUAACAACCUCAUUUCAGUCUGGAAAGAUUCUAGACUUACAAAUGCCACCGACAAAUCCAUUAACUCUUGCCAUAAACAUAAUUCUCGUGAUCUGCAUCUGUAUAAUGACAGUGGAGGCUUUUUAUCCAUUGUAUUUUCUUAUCGAAGAUAUGUCAUCUGAUGGACUUCUAUUCAGAAACUUUACUAAGAAAUGGAAGCCAUGUUGUUUCCCCGUCGCUUCUGCCACGGUCCAACUACUGACUGUGCUUUCAAUCAUAGUUAUGGAUGUCUUCCUAAGUUUGAAGCAGCUGUUGGCUUUGUCAGUGCUGUUUCCACUCAUUGUUCAUACUUUGAUACCACUGUUAGUCCUGAAUCAAAGGUACCGAGAUAACACAUCCUGGCAAUAUGAGCCAAUGUUUCAAACUACGGCUAGAAACUUAAGAGAUAGAUCACGGAAAAAAAGUGAGGAAUUCCAAUACACCAAUGGCAUAGGAUUCGACAACAAUGACAACUUAGAGAUGUCAACAACGUGCAUCAGUGAGAACGACUCCGAAUCUGACACAGACAUAGACUCUGUAGUCAAGCAAUACAAAGAUCAAGCCAAAAUAGCCAAUAUGCCCAUUCUGGAAGAACACGGACCAUCAGAUCAGAUUCCAGAACCCACUCCUGCCAGCGCAUUCCGCGCUAAACUUUGCAUUGGUGCAUUGUUUCUAACUUCCACUGUCAAUGCAGUUGCUCUUAAUCUAGCUCAUUUGGAUCAUUAUUUCGUGUUUGGAAUUAUAGUCCUGGUUUGCAUACUAUUUUCAACUGUUGUCCAAGGGAUGUUGCUAUACUUACCACAAAAUAGAACUUCAAGUAAUGUCUGUUGCACCAUGUUACCAUGGACUCCAGGAAUGGCGGCGUUGAUUGCGACAUGUUUAUCGCUUCAUUGUUUGUUGAUGGUAUGGAGAAUAUACCUAAGUUGGAUUUUAUUAGGAUCUUUGGUAUAUUUCUUAUAUGGAGUGAGAAGCUCAACAGCGGCAAAUUCUUUCCACAAUCUGCGAACAUCACAUAUAGCUUUGAAGCCAUUGCCUAGUUACGGAAAUAACUGUGUGACGCAGAUCGUGCCUUCUCAACGCAAAUCUCUCAAGCAAAAGAAUGUUAAAAGAAAAAUUCUAAUGUAAAAGUAUAUUUUUAAGAAUAACAUCUGUUUACUUUUUUA